AUGGAUGACUCCCGUCGAGUGAAAAUUGGCACCUGCAUCCAAAUAACCGCCAUCGACGGCAUCGUGAACGUGAACUCCCUCUUCACGCUAGCAGUCUUCAUCGGCCUCGCCUGGGACCCCUACGACUCCAGCAACAGCCUCAUCACUGACCCUCGCUGCAACCCCACCUCCCGCAUGGCCCAAGACCUCGUCUCCUUCCACGUCUACUCCUUCAGUUCUUUCCUCUUCUCCAGCCUCAUCGCUUUGGGUAUCAAGCAAGCCAUUCGAAUCGCCAUGAGCCGCGAGAUGUACAAGACCGUUCUGCUCGCCCACGUUAAUGAGACUGCUCUCCGGAUCAGCAUGCUAGUUUCUGCCGUCGGCUCUCUUUGUGGGUGCGCCUGCCUGAUGAUGGCCCUGGUGAAUAUGGUCCAGAUCAAGCUUGGGACUUUGGCUUGUGGAAGCCCUCAGACCUUGGCUGCUGUGGUGCCUCUGGUGAUAUUUGUUCCCAUCGGUCUUCUCAUCUAUACUUGCAUUGUUGUGUAUGCUUUUAUUAGCUAGGGAAGUGGGCACUUGUGAAACGACAGCGUUUUUGUUGGUGCUGAAAGUAUCAAGACUAGUUGUUGUAAUUUGUAUUUAUGAAUGUGAGUUUGUUUGCAUCAGAGUUUAGUGGAAAUUUACUGGAGUUUUGAAUCCAUGAGUGAUAAUACUUGGAAAUCUUAAUGCCAUAAUGCCUUUCAAA